AUGGGGAGACACGGAGCAACGAACUUUGACAAACCUAAAAAAAAACUGAUGGGAUCAGAAGUGUUGACUCAUUAUGAUGACAAACUUCCAAUAAUGGUCUCAGCUGACGCUUCGCCGAUCGAAAUCGGAGCAGUUUUGGCACACGAAAUGCCUGACAGUUCAGAGAAAACAAUAGAAUACAGUUCGAAGACACUAAAUGAAACACUAAAUGAAACACAACGAAACUAUUCGCAACUAGAACGAGAAGCACUGGCGCUCAUCAAAGCAACAGAACAUUUCCACCAAUACCUGGCGGGAAGAAAAUUCAAGUUAAUCACAGACCACAAGCCUUUAUUAGGAAUUUUCAAUCAAAAAAGUAAAAGGUCACAAACACUUUCUCUUAAAUUAGAAAGAUACAAAAGAACGUUAUCAGCCUAUGAGUACGAAUUAAUCCAUCGACCAGAAAAGAAACAUGGAAACGUGGACAUGCUAUCAAGAUUCCCACUUCCAGAAGAAGCAACAGAAGACGAAGAGGUUGCAAAUGUGCUGAUGCUGGAAGGGAUCACCAGAAAUCCGAUCUCGGCUGAAGAAAUAAGACAAGAAACUGAAAAAGACAAAACUCUGAAGCAAAUAAAAACCUACAUGAAAAAGGGUUGGCCAAAGAAAACCUCAAGAAUCGUAAAGAAUUUUUGGGUCAAAAGGAACGAACUGACUAUUCAAGAAGGCUGCAUUGUACGAGGCGACAGAAUAGUCGUACCAAAAACCUUUCGACGUGAAAUUUUAAAGUACCUGCACCUAAACCACAGCGGAAUAGUGGCAACAAAAGCAUAUGCACGCUCUUAUGCAUGGUGGCCUGGUAUCGACGAGGAUAUCGAAGCAUUGAUUAACAACUGCGACAGGUGCCAGGACAACAGAAACAAUCCUCCGCGAGCACCGGUAAAAAAUUGGGAAAUUCCUGAAAAUCCGUGGACACGAAUACAUAUAGAUUUUGCAGGACCUUUCCAAGGUCAAAGUUUCCUAAUAGUGGCGGACGCGACUUCCAAAUGGAUCGAAGUAAGCAGUUACAUCACAGUCUCAAAAAAGGUAAUUGAAGAACUCAGGAGAAUUUUCGCAACUUUCGGAACACCUGAGAUGUUAGUUUCCGACAACGGUACUCCUUUCAAGUCAGCGGAAAUGGCGGAAUUCGCCAAAAGAAACGGAAUCGAGCAAAUUUUCGUUGCACCGUAUCAUCCAGCGGCAAACGGACUAGCUGAAAAAGCAGUGCAAACAACAACAAAAAAAUUUCAAGAUAUUGAUCGAAAGAAAUUGGGAAGAAAAACUGAGCAGAUUUCUUUUGAAGCAGCAUACAACGCCAUCGACAACUACGGGAUUAACUCCAGCGGAAAUAAUGAAAAUCAAAAAUCCCACUCGAUCUAA